AUGAGUAGGCUUUGGGUGUUCUGUGCUCUGUUGGUGGCUGUUUACAGCCAGGAAGAUUUUGAAGGUCACCAGGUAUUCAGGAUCACGGCCAAAGAUCAGGAGCAGGCCAGCCUGAUCAUGUCCCUGGAGCAUCUGGAGCACCUACAGCUUGAUUUUUGGCGCCGUCCCAUGAAAUUUGACCUGAGUAUGGACAUUCGGGUUCCAAGAGGAAGUCUUCAGGCCUUCAAAGCUUUUUUGGAGUCAAACAGCGUCCACUAUAGUGUCAUGAUUCAGGACCUUCAGACGAUGAUACAAAGAGAGAAAUCUGUCCUGGAGAACUUGUCAAUGAUGGAACGCUCUACUGGCAGCUUCAACUAUGGCACUUAUCAUACUCUCCAAGAGAUCUACUACUGGAUGGAUGAGAUGGUGGCUGACUACCCGAACCUGGUAACGAAGCAGCAGAUUGGUAGCUCGACCGAAUACCAGCCCCUCUAUGUGUUGAAGUUCAGCACUGGUGGAGCCAGUCGGCCAGCUAUCUGGAUUGAUAGCGGAAUCCACGCUCGUGAAUGGGUGUCUCCAGCCAGUGCAAUCUGGAUGGCCAAAAAGAUGGCGUCUGAAUAUGGCUCUGACUUUGCCAUCACUUCACUGCUCAACAAAAUGGAUGUCUUCAUGGAGAUAGUGGUAAACCCGGACGGCUACCUUUACACUCACAGCAGGAAUCGAAUGUGGCGUAAGACCAGGUCCAAGGUUUCUGGAAGCAGCUGUGUUGGAGUUGACGCCAAUAGGAAUUUUGAUGCUGGAUUUGGAGGUCCCGGCACGAGUGGCAACCCAUGUUUGGAAACGUACCGAGGGACACACGCUCACUCUGAACCAGAGGUGCAGGCCAUUGUCAACUUUGUAUUGGAGCAUAGAAACAUCAAGAGCUUCAUUACCAUCCACAGUUACUCCCAGUUGCUCAUGUUUCCCUAUGGAUACAAGUGCAGCCCACCUACCAGUUACUAUGAGCUGGCUGCGAUCGCCUCGUCUGCUGUUGCUGAUUUAUCUUCCCUUUAUGGAACUCGCUACAGAACAGGAACCAUCUGUGACACAAUCUACCAGGCCAGUGGAGGCAGCAUUGACUGGACCUAUGACAUGGGCAUUCAGUAUUCCUUCGCCUUUGAACUGCGUGACACCGGCUACCAUGGCUUCCUCCUGCCACCCGAACAGAUUAUCCCGACUGCCCAGGAGACCUGGCUGGCUAUGACGUACAUCAUGGAUUAUGUUCAGGCCCGUUCUUAA